AUGGCUGAUAAAUUUCCUGCCUUAGAUGAUACGGCUGUUUCUACUGCUGAAUCAUCCGAAAACGUUGGUGAUUCGGAUUUCUUAUCCCGUGAGAAGGAGCUAGUGGGAAAUGAAUUUGAAACAGAGCAAGAUAAAGAUGUUUGGGCAGAAAGUGAUGAAGAUAUAAGUGAAUUCAAAGAACAGUUUCCUGAAGUUGACAACACUGCUCCUGUUCAACCAGCUCAACAACUGAGCUUCGAAAAAGAAGAGGAAGAAGAAAAAGAACCUCAACCUAAGGUUUUCCAAGCAGACUCUGAACCUCUUAAACAAUGGAAAGAGCGUCGUGAUCUUGAAAUAUCGGAAAGAGAAGAAGUAAAUUCAAGGAAGAAGAAAGAUAUUAUUUCUAAGGCUAGACAAACAGUUGAUGAUUUCUAUGAUAAUUAUAAUAGUAACAAAGAACAACAAUCGAAAGAAGUAUUGAAAGAACAAGAAGCUUUCGUAGAAAAGAGAGACCAGUUUUUGAAAAGAGGAACAUUGUGGGACAGAGUAAAUGAGUUGGUCACCGAGGUCGGUGAGGUCUCUACGUCCGAAGAUAGAGACAAAACUAGAUUCAAAAGAUUAUUAAAAAGUUUGAAAGGGAAAGAAAAUGUUCCAGGUGCUGGUGGUUAUUAA